CUAGGCUUGAUCUCGGUACCAAUCCGAGACGUACAGCAAGUGACACUGUACACAGCUUCUGCACCUUGCUCCACAACGUUACUAUGCAUUUGCCUCUGUUGUCAGACGAACAGGAAAGUCCUGUCAUUCAUAUCAUUCGCGAUGCUCGAGGCCGUACAAAUGUUUCUGGUCCAGCUGAAACAAUAGACAACGUCCAAGAACCCAUCGAUCCUACUCACGACUAUGCGAUAGGCCGCUGCCCAACGCCUGCCCUUGAACUAGCGCUUCUUCUUUCUUCGGCGUGUGAUGUUGACCCGCCCAGCCGUUUUGAAUAUGUUGAACUCUGGCGUUCUAUCCUCAUUCAUUUCUUCCCUGGACACAUGGUUAUGUCCGAUUGGGAGAUUCCCUUCUCUUCCGACUAUCACCAGUACAAUGAUGAAGGGCGCUCUUCCAGCUGCCAGACCGUUUCCUUGGCCGUGUUCCCCCCUGACCGAGUGCAGCCCCUUGCAGUGGUGCAGGUAUCAUCCCAAGUGGACUUUGAUAAUCCUCACCUACGAGAUGCUGCUGCAUUGGAAUCGUCUCAACUUUUUGAUUAUCUUGCCCCGUACAGCGAGUACCCACAGAUUAUGGUGAUUGCUGCGAUGGGCAUGAGCUGGAGAGCCAUCAAGAGAAGCGUAUUCCUCUCGAGCGACGAGGCGGAGAGUGCAUGGUUGAACACGUCGCACCAGAGGGCUGAAUCUACCUAUGAAUGGAUGCACAAUGUUGUUAGCCAGGUCAGCUGGGAUGUACUGGAGGAGCUGGUUGCCUCUGUAAAGCGCUCGUCGUGUGAGUUGAUUUAGUUGAAGGGGGGAGUAUUGCUAUUGCAAAGGCUGCGGCGUGGAUAUCUGCUGUAUUUGUAUCCUGCUUGUAUCUCGUUAUCUACAUUUUUUGCACUUUU